AUGUCUUUCAUCAUUAUCAUCAUCAAUCAGGACUUCAUUUACACAACGCCUUUAUCAACGCAUAAUGUCCUUAUUCAUUCAGAUUUCAAGCCAGAAAUGGAACGUUUCAGGGCACUGGGCCGCUCGGCGUUUGUGCUAGGGUACACAGGCUUAGCAGGAAAAGCGCUUGUGAAAGAGCUGAACAAAGCUAAAAUUUUCACAAAGGUAGUCUUGAUUGGACGUCGAGAAAUACCACUGGAUGUGGGGCCAGAAUUUAAACAGAAAGUUGUAGACUUUGGUAAAAUACAUGAGCAUAAAGACGUUUUCCAAGGCCUGGACACUGGAUUUUGUUGCCUGGGUGUGUCCAGUAAAGGGAUAAGUCAGGAAGACUACAUUCGUAUUACCCGCGACUACUGUGUGUCGGCUGCUCAGGUAGCUAAGGAGCAAGGAUGUAAACAUUUCACCAUGCUCACAGGCAAUGGUACAAAGAAAGACAGCUGGUAUUUAUUUGGCAGAGUGAAGGCUGAGCUAGAAGAGAAACUUGAAGAAAUGAAUUUUGACAGACUGUCUAUCUAUCGACCAGCUAUGAUCCUUGGAGACAGUGAGGGAAUGAAGGUGUCAGAAAAAUUGGCCAGGGCUUGUUUCAAGCCCAUUACUUACCUCAGUCCUACCCGUUUAGCAAUCUCAGACAGCCUGCUCGCCAGAGGGAUGAUCGUCAAUGUUGUAAAGCCUCAUGACCCAUCAGUCAGAGAAAUAUAUGAAAACAAAGCUAUUCAUGAUUUGGCUCACAACUGGAAAGACUAA